UCCAGAAAUGCUGAAGUUCUGCAGAAGGCUGGCAGCAGUCAGCCUGAGAACAGCCCACCAUGGCCCAGAGGCAGCACCAAGGACCCUCAACCCCCCCCGGGCACACGGGCAGCAGGAAGGAGCAGGGACACCGUCACCAGCGGUGCUUUCAGUGUCAUUUAUCGUCAAUUGUGCUUCCCAGGGCCAGGAGCAGCCGCCACCGAAGUCCCACAGGCUCCAUCAGGACGAGCCAGUUACCCCUGCGGCCAGUCAAGUGCUCCAGGAGGGCUCUGCCUGACCCAAGCGCACUCCCGACCUGCCCGGGACAGGCCUCGGGGAGCUGGAGCGCGGGGAGAGAAGUGCGGCAGCUCCACAAGGGGCCGGGGAUGGAGAAAUGCGGCCAGGGCCGCUCCCGUCCCCUCAGGCCGCUCCCGUCCCCUCAGGCUCGCGCGGUCCCCGCGGCCUCGGGCCCGGCUCGGCCGGGACUUCUUCCCGUCCCGUCUUCUCGCGAGAGAACGCGCUGUGGCGUCACGCGCCGCGGCGGCCGCCUCGCGCGCGCGCGCUCUCACGCCGCCGCCGUAUCCUUCCGCGCGCUCCCCCUCCCCCUUCUGGAGAGUUCUGCACGGCAGCUCCGCACGACAAAUAGUCCCCACAGCUCCCCGCCCCACCCCCCCCGCUCCUCCUCCUCUUCCUCCCGCCGCUCCCGCGCAGGCCUUUUCCUUCCCUCCCCUCCCCGCCACGGCGGUGCCUCCGCCUCAGGAACCGGAGUUGUGCCCGGGGGCAGCGGCGGCGGCGUGGCGGAGUGAUCCGCUGCGGGCGGCGCGGAGGCAGCGCAUAAAGCGGCGGCGGCGGAGGGAACGGAGGAGCUGCGGCAGCGCUGAGCCCGCGGCCGCCACUGCCCGACACCGGCCAGGCCCCGGCCCCCGCCGCCCCGGGGGGCCCCGGUGCCCUCCCGCCCCUCCGCUCGCUUCGUCCCACCCCGUCCCCUCCCCGCGCAGUCGCCACCUCCGCGCUCCUCCUCCUCCCCCCCUCCCCUCGCAAAUAGUCCCGCGGGCCGCCCCCUCCCUCCGCCCGCGCCCCUCCUGCCGCCGCCUCGCGCACACAAUGGCGCUGAAGAGAAUCCACAAGGAGUUGAACGACCUGGCACGUGAUCCUCCAGCACAGUGUUCAGCAGGGCCUGUCGGGGAUGACAUGUUCCAUUGGCAAGCUACAAUAAUGGGACCAAACGACAGUCCCUAUCAAGGUGGAGUAUUUUUCUUGACAAUUCACUUCCCAACAGAUUAUCCCUUCAAACCACCUAAGGUUGCAUUUACAACAAGAAUCUAUCAUCCAAAUAUUAACAGUAAUGGCAGCAUUUGUCUUGAUAUUCUACGAUCACAGUGGUCCCCAGCACUAACUAUUUCAAAAGUACUUUUGUCCAUCUGUUCUCUGUUGUGUGAUCCCAAUCCAGAUGAUCCUUUAGUGCCUGAGAUUGCACGGAUCUACAAAACAGAUAGAGAAAAGUACAACAGAAUAGCUCGGGAAUGGACUCAGAAGUAUGCGAUGUAAUUAAAGAAAUUAUUGGAUAACCUCUACAAAUAAAGAUAGGGGAACUCUGAAAGAGAAAGUCCUUUUGAUUUCCAUUUGACUGCUUUCUAUGAGCCCACGCCUCAUCUUCCCCUGUGCACAUGUUUACCUGAUACAGCAGUGCUGCGUGUUGUACAUACUUGGAACAACAAACUAGAAAUACUGUAUUUCCCCGUACCAACAUUGACUCCUAGCAGAGAAGUGUGUGUGUGAAAAGCUGGUUCUUCAGUCAUAACUUUGUGAGCCUAAAAGCAUUCCUUGCUGAGUUAAAUUAGGAAAUCAAAUGGGAAUGGGGAGAGUUCUGGUGGGUUUCAGAUUUUCUAGGGACAGUGUUGCCGAUCCAUGAAGGAUUUUAAGUGGAAUCCUUUUAAACUCAUAACAGUUAUGAAAAGCAAGGUGAAGAACUUGAAGCUGUUUCUGUAUUCAUUUUAUUCUGAAGGACCUACACCUUAGGUAAAUGUUAUGACCAAUGAGAAACUGUACCCACAUCCUGUGUUUAAGGUCUAAGUUUAACCGGUCACCAUUUAAAUGGAUUGGAGCUAUUAGUGCAUCAAGUGAUGUUGAUUUGUUUCAACUCUCUCCCUCCCUUCAUACUUUUUUUGGUUUGUAUGUGGUUUCUCAGUUAAUACCUAGCUAAUAGCUCUUAUUUUUUCUUAAGUUUUUUAACUGCUUAGGUCUUUCUGGAUGUAAGGGUAAAAAAAAAAAAAAAUCCAUAUGACAGAAAACUUGUGUGUAUUUAAAGACCCAACUGCUCCCCUGGAGCUUGUACGUUCAAGAAUGAAUUAAUCUGUGUAAUAAACUGAUUACUACAGUCAUUACAUAUAACUUUGUGUGAAUAGGCUUUUAAUUUUCAGAGCAGUUUGUUACAGGCUUAAACUAACGGUGGAUUUCUCUAAAAAAACUUUUUGGGCUGAAGUCGUGAAGCAGCUUGGUUUGCAUCACACAAGGCACCUGAAGAGGCAAACAGGAGCUUGAGCACUUAGAUGAAAUCAGGAUGUGUAGUGUGCCAGGAACUUGACUGUUAAACCAAAUAAGCAGUUUACUAAAUGCGAAUCAGAGUGACAUUUUACAAAGCCUGAUGGUAUUACUCCCACUUGCAUGGGACCUAACACAAUGCAUAUGUACUGUAGGUAAGUGAAACCUUAUGUAACUAAAAAAAAUGGAUGUAAAAGGGUAAAAAAAAGAAAAAACCUACCAAACACAUCAGCACAAACUUUCAUAAAAUGUAGCUUUUACAUAAUUACUUUGCACUAAACAUUUGCAAAUGUUCAUACAGUUUUAAAUUGUA